AAACAUGAAUGGUUCAAACAAGGGGGAGGGGAGAACAAUGCAGACGGAGCCUCAGUGAAGCCGGGACUAUGAACUUCCGGAACUUCCGGUUUUACAAAGAAAGUCAGUAAACAGGAGACUGGAGCGAGCAAAGAACUGGCCAAAGGAAGAGAAGCAGAACCUCAAUGGAUCUGAGAUGUCCAGGAUGAAGAAGACCAUAGAAGUUGGAAGUGAACGUGAAAAUAAUUUGGGGAAUUUAAGCCAAAUGCAAACUAGGAAACACAAGCAAUCUGACAGAACCCCCAACCAGAAUUAUAGGUCUCAGAUGCCUCAGGAAUAUUGUGAUGAUGGGAAAUUGUUUGCUCAACGAAGAGCAAAGCUUCAUAAUACGAAUGUGCAUGUUAUCCGAAUGCCCAAUAUUGCAAAUCAACCUAAACUUAACUGGAAAAUAAGAAGUGAUUCUCGAAAAUGUAAAAAGGCAAAGUCAUCUGAAAAAUCACAUGUCGCCAACAUUAGUCACCAAGGCACGAAAAUAAAUAGUUUCUCUAAAGCCCAAAGUGCUGUGAAACCUUUUAUCUGCCCAAUAUGUAAGAGAAGAUUUUGUAACGCCAGGAACCUUCUCACCCACCAGAGAAUUCACACGGGGAGAAGGUUUGUCUGUUCUAAAUGUGGGAAAUGUUUCUCUAACAAGAAGAUCCUCAUAGCUCACAAAUAUGUUCAUACUGGGAGGAAACCAUUCAUCUGCACUAAAUGUAACAAGGGCUUCUUAUGGAACAGGGACCUUCAGAAACAUGAAAAGAGCCAUAAAGAAAUGAGAAAAAAAAGUCUGGGCAUGGUUCACAGGCACGAUAAGCUGAGAGAAGUUAGUACUGACCCUUGUAAAAGAGAGAAGUCUUUUGACUGUAGAGAGUGUGGUAAAAGCUUUAAUAAAAUGUGUAGACUGAAAACUCAUUUUCUGUGCCACACAGGUGAGAAGCCAUUUGUCUGUGUUCACUGUGGGAAAGGUUUCAUAAAUAACUAUAAACUCAGUCUACAUCUAAGGAUUCACACAGGAGAGAAUCUUUCUGUCUGUCCUGAUUGUGGGAAAAGCUACACAGAUAAGAAUAAACUCAUUGUUCAUAUGAGGAUUCACACAGAAGAAGCAUUUAUGUGCUCUGAGUGUGGAAAAAGAUUCAGUGAUUUAUACAAUCUCAAAUCUCACCUUCAGAUUCACACCGGCGAGAAACCGUUUGUCUGUCCUGAGUGUGGCAAAAGCUUCAGGAGAAAGUAUGAAUUCAAAUCUCACCUUCUAAUUCACACAGGGAAGUACCCGUUUAUCUGCAGUGAGUGUGGGAAGAGUUUCAUGGAUAAGCGUUACCUGAAGAUUCAUUCUAAUGUACAUUCAGGAAACACUUUCCCUUGUACGGAGUGUGGCAAAUCCUUUGCAGCAAAGCAGAAUCUGAAAAGACACCAAAAGAUCCACACUGGGGAGAAGCCACACAAGUGCACAGAAUGUGGGAAACAAUUCCUGCAAAAAAAUAAACUGGAUAGACAUCAUCUAAGUCAUACUGGGGUAAAACCAUUCAGCUGCUUUGAGUGUGGAGAACAGUUCACAUGGAAACACCUGCUCCAGUAUCACCAACUGAGUCACACUGGGGAGAGACCAUUUGUCUGUAGUGAGUGUGGGAAGAGCUACAAGACCAAGGCUUCACUUGCUUUGCACUCUCAUAUUCACACAGGGGAGAAACCAUUUGUAUGCCCUGAGUGUGGGAAUUCAUAUAGGAGCAAUGGUGCACUGAGGUACCAUCUUCAGACUCACAUUAAAGGAAAGUAUUUUGCUCAUUCUGAACACGGGGAAAGCUACAAAUCAGAGACAAAUGAGUAGAACACAACAUCUAUUAUCUGAGGUUUACACUUGUGCAUGAGGGGUCAGGAGGGAAACCCUUGCAACGGAUUGGGUUACACACCUCCAUGAAAAACAUUGUGGGUGGGUGUGAAUAUGUUGUCAUUUUGAAUUCCACAGAAAUAAACCGUCACUUUUGAUUGCAAGUGGAGUUACGUGAUUUUUGUCUACUGCCUUGGUUAAUCCCUAAUGCUUGUGUAAUAUCAGGUGUCUCAAACACUUUAAGGGACAAUGCUUUAAUAAUAAUGUUGUGCCUAAGAUUACUGGGAAACACAAUGAUUAUUGCAGGCAUUGAUAUGACUUCAUUAGAAAUAAUUGGGCCCCAUUCUAAUUAGUUAACAGAACCCUACCCAUAAAGGUCUGGGUCUUUAACCCACUGCCUAUCUAGGGCCCCAGGGUGGUUGGCUUUGCCAUCUAAGUAUAAUUGGGACCCAUUCCUCCACUUUCUGUAGUCCACAAAUUAGGUCUAUCUUGGCCUCCCAUUGCAACAGAGUCUUUGAGACACAUCUACCUACUCCCUGAGGGUUGCCCUGGACACUUGUGAUGCCAAGAAGGGACUUUUGGCCAAAGCAACCCAGUUAUCCCACCUGACCUCCUCAGUGGCGGCCAUAUGCAUUGCAUUUGUUGUUUAACUGGAUGGGAAGCCAAGACAAACAAAUAAGUAGGUUUUGUCUGAGAGUUCUUCUGAGAGAACCACAAAUGCCCUAAAAGUGUUCCGAAAUUACAUGACUUAUUCUUUGUUUUAUUAUUCAUGAAUAAAUACAAAUACUUAAAGAGCAAUACAUAGAGAAACAUAGGGGUACAUUUAAUUAGUGAUGAAGGGUUGUUAUUCUGUAUAGUGUAUAUUGUCAGUAACCAGUCGGCUUUGUACGUUUUCUACACUUUGUG